AUGCGGCUGCUGCGGUGCCUGGGGAAGCGGGCGGCGCUGGCCGGUGUCCCCACCUACGUCGAGCACUUCAGCAAGUUCUCGCCGUCGCCGCUCUCCAUGAAGCAGUUCCUCGACUUCGGCUCCAGCAAUGCCUGUGAGAAGACCUCCUUCGCCUUCCUGCGGCAGGAGCUGCCCGUCCGCCUCUCCAACAUCAUGAAGGAGAUCAACCUGCUGCCGGACCGCGUCCUGCGCACCCCCUCCGUCCAGCUGGUGCAGAGCUGGUACGUCCAGAGCCUGCUGGACAUCAUGGAGUUCCUCGACAGGGACCCCGAGGACCAGGCCACCCUGGGACAGUUCACAGACGCCCUGGUCACCAUCCGCAACCGGCACAACGACGUGGUGCCCACCAUGGCGCAGGGGGUCAUCGAGUACAAGGAGGCCUACGGGGACGACCUCUCCAACCAGAACAUCCAGUACUUCCUCGACCGCUUCUACCUGAGCCGCAUCUCCAUCCGCAUGCUCAUCAACCAGCACACACUGCUCUUCGACGGCAGCACCAACCCGCACCCCAAGCACAUCGGGAGCAUCGACCCCCACUGCGGCGUGGCCAACGUGGUGAGAGACGCCUACAACAUGGCCAAGCUCCUGUGUGACAAGUACUACAUGUCCUCGCCCGACCUGGAGAUCGAGGAGGUGAACGCGAGCGACUCCCAGCAGCCCAUCAGCAUCGUCUACGUCCCCUCGCAUCUCUACCACAUGCUCUUCGAGCUCUUCAAGAACGCCAUGCGAGCCACCGUGGAGAGCCACGAGAACAGCCCGCGGCUGCCGGCCAUCAGGGUGAUGGUGGCCCUGGGCCAGGAGGACCUCUCCAUCAAGAUGAGUGACCGGGGCAUGGGCGUCCCCCUGCGGAAGAUCGAGCGUCUCUUCAGCUACAUGUACUCCACCGCUCCCACCCCACAGCUGGGCACCGGGGGGGCCCCCCUGGCCGGCUUUGGCUACGGCUUGCCCAUCUCCCGCCUCUACGCCAAGUACUUCCAGGGGGACCUGCAGCUCUUCUCCAUGGAGGGCUUCGGCACCGACGCCGUCAUCUACCUAAAGGCCCUGUCCACGGACUCGGUGGAGCGAUUGCCGGUCUACAACAAGUCGGCGUGGCGGCACUACCAGGCCAGCCAGGAGGCGGGGGACUGGUGCGUCCCCAGCACCGAACCCAAGAACACCUCCACCUACCGCGUCCCCUAGGGCCCCCCCCGGGGCUCGCUGCCCCCCCAGACUGUCGAUAGCCCCUGGGCUCCCCCCCCCGCGGGUGUCCCCCAUCACCCUGGGGUGGUGGUUUAUGCUGGCGUGGCGUUUUAGCAUCCCGGUUUUGCCUCCCACCGCCGCGGCUCGGUUAGGGUUCACCAGGAAGCGUGUGAGAUGUGGGGUGGGGGGUCCCGGUGGGGUGGGGGGUCCCAGUAUCCCCCCGCCUUGGUGGCACUUAGGUAUGUAGGUGGGGGUGGCGUUGGAGCAGCGUGGAGGGGGUAGAGCCCUUGUUGCCCCCCCACCACUACCUUGGCACCCACUCCAGGGGUUGCACCCCAGGAGUAGCAAGGGACUGGUCCUUUCCCAGUAUGACCAGUAGCACUUCCCUGCCCCUCCAGCCCUGACAGGGUGGGGGGACCGGCCCUGAGACACUCCCCCCCAGCUUCCUGCACCGUCCCUGAUAUUGCACUACUGAGCUGUUCUCACCUGCGUGUGCCCCCCCACACCCCUCCUGGGGUGGUUCCCCACACAUGCUCCGACCUGCUCGGGAACCUCCCCCUGCCCCCCGAGACA